CCCCUCACCGUUGAGAACGCCGACCUAAAGAAGGCCGCGACAAUCAUUGGGGAGUGUAUUGCUGAGACAUCCAAGAAGUGAUCGGCGAGCCUGAAAAUUUUUUCAGGCCAUGGUUGCCAUAAAGGUGGCCCUGGGCUACGAUGCUCUAUAGACAGGUCCUGAUGGUCCCGCCCCUCCGAUGGGGACCGCGUGGUUUGAAAAUCUUCUUUCGCUUUUUGUCUUUCAUACUCCGUUCUUACAAGCGCACGCAAUUCUUUUGGUUACUCUUCGAUCAUUGAAACUCCGCUUUUAAACAUGGUGAAGCUCAAUCUGCAGUUCCAGGCUGAACUGACCAAUGUAACCAACGUCGUGCCAGCUGAUGCCGACUAUGCGUGGAACUUCAAGGUCAAGUGCAACUCGUGCCACGAAGUAACACCCAACUUUAUCACCAUCAGCGCCGAGGACAACAGCUCGAUUUCCGGCAGCCGCGGGGAGGCCAACUUUGUUAUGCGCUGCAAGUUCUGCAAGCGUGAGAGCUCGGCGUCGAUCGAGGGCAGCCCGAAGCCGUAUACGGCCGAUGACUCUGGAAGUAUGGCGACGAUCUUGUCGCUGGAGUGCCGCGGACUGGAGCCCGUGGAGUUUGAGCCCCGAGAUGGGUGGAAGGCCGAGGGCGUGGAGUCUGGCACGGCGUUCGAGAUUGACCUGACCGAGGGCGAGUGGUACGACUACGACGAGAAGGCCAGCGACGAGGUGUCUAUUACUGAGAUCAAGCACCAGAUUGUUCGCGGGUAAUGGUUAGACCUGCCCCCAGCCACGCCGUGCAUAUGUUCAGGCGCAUGCUUCUUAUUUGACUACCAAUAUAGUUAUUGCAGGGCAUUGUGUCCGAGGAUGAGAUUGCUCCAGCGCAAACAAGCCGCAUAAUGGUACAAUAGCCAAAGCACCUAGA